UUUCGUUUUGUUUUACAAGCAAAUAUUCAAGUCAUGAUGAUCCCUUUCCCAGCACAAGUCCUGAAUGGGGUCUGGAUUGCCAGCUCUAAACCCUCUGCUCUCAUUAUAACUAUAAAGUCUAGUAAUGACACUGUGGUUAGGAGUCAGGUGUUCUUGCUAGACACAUUAAGGAACUUUUAAUUCACAGCAGCCUUUGAAGUAAGCACUGGACUCUCCUUGCUGAUAAGGAAUCACAGUUGAAGUACUUUGCCCAGAAUCACAUGACAGUGGGUUGGUAGAGCCAGGUACCGGUGUGUGCUCUGCUGCUGCUCUCCCCAAGGAAGGCCUUCCUUAGCCUGAGGGCUUUCAGCUGUGGAAGGACAUGAGCCAAUCCCUUGGCUGCUACAGCAGGUGUCAGUCAGGGGACCAUGCUUGGCUUUGUGUCAUGGAACCAGUCCAGCGGUGGCUUUUAGUUUGUGGACCACAAAGUCUGAAAAGACUCUAUAGAGUCUUUGGAUGCCCCCAUUUUCUCUUCACCUGGAGAAGAUAGGGUGGGCAUGCUUGGCAGUCCUGAGCUUCUGGCCCUGUCAAUCACCUAAGGACCUACUGCAGACUAACAACUCAGUGCGAUGUCUGACUGGUAGCUAGUGCCAGAAGUCCUCAGAGCAAAUGACUUCCAGCAACAGGGAAUCUAAUGGCAUGGACUCUGAGGCAGGAUAUGAGAAAUGUCGUGUCUGAUUGAUACCCGUGCCCUGAAACCAGUGGUUCUCAACCUUCCUAAUGCUGUGACCCUUUAAUACAGCUCUUCAUGUGACCCCAACCAUGACAUUGUGUUCAUUGCUACCAUGUAACUAUUUUUGCUGCUGUUUCAUAGCGUAAAUAUCUGUUUUCCAGUGCUCUCAAGUGACCUCUGUGAAAGGGUUGUUCAGUCCCUUCCCAAAAGAGGUCGAGACUCACAGGUUGAGAAUCACUGCCUCAAAUGGUCACUUCUGGAGCCUUAAAUGUCUUAUCUAUAAAACAUGUCAACACAAAGUGUUUGAGUUAGCUGUAGUGGAGAUGCUGAAAUGAGUGAGCCCAGGGAAGUUCCCGGAGUUGUUCCCAUAUCCAGUCCAGUUGCCCUGUUUGGCUCUGUCCAGAUUUACUCCUGGGCCUUAAAACCCAUGGGUCAUAGACUCCUUUAAGAAUCUGAAAUAAGGCUGAGUGGUGGUGGCACACUCCUUUAAUCCCAGCACCCAGGAGGCAGAGGCAGGCGGAUCUCUGCAAGUUUGAGGUCAGCCUGGUCUACAUAGUGAGUUCCAGGACAGCGAAGACUACACAGAGAAACCACAAAGAAUUUGAAAUAAGGGGCUGGAGAGAUGGCUCAGUGGUUAAGAGCACUGGCUGGUCUUCCAGAAGACCCAGGUUCAAGUCCCAGCACCCACAUGGCAGCUCACAACCAUCUGUAAUUCCAGUUCCAGGGCACCUAGCACCCUCACACAAACAUAAAUGCAGGCAAAACACCAAUGCACAUAAAAUAAAUCUUAAAAACAAAAAAAAAAAACAGGGUGCUGGUUGCACACAAUUUUUCCCCUCUUGGUUUUUUCGAGACAGGGUUUCUCUGUGUAGUUUUGGUUCCUGUCCUGGGUCUCGCUCUGUAGACCAGGCUAGCCUCUCAAACUCACAGAGGUCCACCUGGCUCUGCCUCCCGAGUGCUGGGAUUAAAGGCGUGUGCCACCACCGCCCGACUUGGUUGUGCACACUUUUAAUUCCAGCACUUGGGAGGCAGAAGCAGGCAAUUUCUGAGUUUGAGGCCAGCCUGGCCUACAGGAGUUCGAGAACAGCCAGGGCUACUCAGAAGAAACAAAAACAAACAAAAAACAAAACAAGACAGGAAAGCUGCAGGCCCCGAGGAGGGAGGUGGAGGUACAGCAGCAUAGCUGCACCCAUCUUGACUUUGGACACACCAGCUCAGAAGACUAGCUUCAGUUUUCUUAGCCCACAGCAGGAGAUGAACCUCUUGGUCUGACCUUUUAAAAAUAUAUAUAUUAUUGUAUGUGUGUGUACCUGUGCCACGGUGUGCAUCUAGAGGUCCGAGGACAACUUUGUGAGGUCAGUCCUCUGCUCUCUGUUGCACCUUUAUCUGAGUUCAGCGGGGAUCAAGCGUCGCUCCUGGAUGGCAGGAACCUUUACUGCAGAGCUGGCCCUCCCACCCUGUGAGUGCUGAGGGGACCCUGCUGUAAGUGCUUUGACGGUCAGACGCUCUGCUGAUGGCUGAAAUGGUUAAAGGCUGCCUUCAGCCUGUCCCUCACAGUUUCCCCUUUGAGCUUGAGGGCAGAGGGCCCAGCUGUGUGAGGGGUGCCCAAACAGUGACUGACUCUACAUGAUGCAGGACCUGGACUUGUUCUAUUUGUAGAGAUUCAUAGAGGACAACAUGAAUCACCCCACUCCCAAACCCGCCCCGUUCACACAGUGCGUGCGUGCGUGCAUGUGCAGGCAGGAUGUUGACAUCAGAUGUCUUCUAUCCCUCUCCACCAUUUUUUGAGACAAGGCAUUGAACCUCAUAGAUUCAAGCUAGCUGAGCUGACCAUCAAGCCUCAGGGAUCCCCUCUCCACCUCCCAGUGCUAGGAUCACAGAGCUGCUGCCACGCCUGGCUGGUUAUGUGGGUGCUGGUGAUCUGAACUUAGGUCUUCCUGUGUGUGUGGCAAGUACUUUACCAGCUGAGCCAUCUCCGUUGCUCUUGAGUCAAGCCUUUGAAGGACAGAGAUAGCGCUCUGGGCCCGUGUCUUAGAUACCCACAGCCUGACCCUGCUCUUCUGUCUGCUGUGAUGUAACCAUUUGCUCCACUUGACUCCUUUUGGAAAAGCCCAUGCUCCUGCCCCCCGCCCCUCAUGGGCUGCAGUCUGGGAAAGGGAGCUCUCUUCAUUCUGCUGGUAUUGUAGUCAGGACAUAGGCCUCUCUAGUACAGGCCCAGACACCUGCCAGUUCCAGCCAAAAAAACAAAAGCACUUUGACCCUUUGUUGAAAUUUUACCUGGAAACAUUUUUCCAUUUCCAAGUCUUUCAUCUUUUAUUAGGCACCCCCUGCUCAGGGACAACACAAAAGUGUCCCAUUACCGCCAAAUCUUAAUGAUCCCGUCUCCACCCUGCACGCAUCCAGACACCCGUGUGUCUCUACCCUUUCUCCUGUUUCAUUCUGGCACUUUCCCCUCAGUAUCCCUGGGGUUGUACCUGGAGUGAGCAGCCUCUCGCUAGCAAACCUGUUUGUCUUUCUCUUCUUGUAAAUUAGUCAUUUGAAUCCCCAGAUGUGCCCAUGAGGCCCGAGGCCACCUCUCAUCUCACUGUCGGAAUAGAAGACUAACCCUGAAGAGGGCAGGGCUGCCUGUGCUCAGACUUCGCAGUCUGCAGCUGCUGCCUCCUGGUCAAGAGGUCUUGCCUUACAGCUGAAAUCCGGGCAGCUGAGGCCUGUGAACUGGAGGAAGGAACUUGUAGUUCUUCAGUCAUUUAACAGCAUACUUGCCAGGAGAGAACAGAUGGGUUGUUUGAAUUUCAGGCACAGUGUAGUUUUUCACAGGAAAGGUAUACCAUGGCUGUGGAUAAGUGUUGUCAAUUCUGCUGAGGGCUUAGAUGCUGCUUCACCUCCCAAAGUCUGAGGGAGGUGUUUUUCUCUUUAGUACUAGGGAUAAGAUCCAGAGCCUUGCACAUACUAGACAAAUACCUGACCACUGGGCUACUUUUCCUUUAAAUACAACUUCCAGCUCCCACAUUUCCUUUAAAUACAACUACAGGUUUUGUUUACAUGUUUAGUAACUUGCCCCUAACAAGUCAUUCCUUGGGAAAGAGAGCUGGCCUGCAGGUGGCUUGAAUCUGGGGGCCUUGAACAGUGUUGUACUCAUGAGAAUUAACGAUCUUUUCCCCGUGCUCCUUCCCUUGACUGGGCUGUGAUGAGCUUUAGAAACGACACAAAAGGCUACCUUGAUUUUGCUCAGGGAAAAUGAAAGCAGAGAUGGGAGCUGGGAGAAAAACCAUCUUUUGGAUGUUACAUGUCACUGAGUGCUGGGGAAGGAGAGACUGGCACUGAGUCCCAGACCCAACCGGUGCUAGGACAUCACGUUGUUCAGUCUUGCUUAACUAAUCACAUUGGUGUUCUUACUCAAUGUUCACUGGGUCACUGCAAAGCUUCUCCCCAACUCUGCACAAGCUCCCAUUUAGGCUCCUACUUGAGGUCAUUCAGUAUAUAACCUCAUGGGGCAGGAGGGGAGCUGCUGAACUGGUCCUGAACUGGUAGGAUUGUCUACUCAGCAACUCUUGUACUGUGGAGCUCCCCACCAGACUUCCAUUUUCUACAGAGAACUGGAACCAAGGCAGAUAGAUCUGCAGUUAAAUCCCACCCCUUCCCAGCUCUGAAGUCCAGCACACUUCUCCCUUGGCAAGUAGCUACACUUGCUUUGCCUUGGGAUUGGUGACCAUGAGGCUACCUUUGGCACGGCAGCAGUCCCUCCAUUUUCGCUUGGGACAGAGAAACAAAAACAGGCUCCUGUCCAAAUGUCCAAUCAUGAAGAUGAGAAGAGCCUUGGGAAGGGUUAUCCGUGAAAUAUCAGACCAGGGAGAGAGAAUCUAUUUGUAAUUUGUGUGUGUGUGUGUGUGUGUGUGUGUGUGUGUGUGUGUGUGUGUGUGUGUGUGUGUGUGUGGUGUCUUAUGGUCAUAGGGAGAUCUAAGCUCUUAUACAUGUCCUGACUUUGAAUUCAGCUUUCUCCCUCAAACUUAUUAAAACACCCAUGGCUGGGUGUAGUGGUCCACAUCCAAGAUCAAGGUGGGACUGUGAAAUUAGGCCAGCCUAGGCUAUGUUGUGGGAUGUUCUCAAAAUCAAAGGUCUUGUCACGUAGUAUCCAUAACUACUCACAUUCAACAGUUGAGUGUUAGUUAAUCUAGGAACCCACAGAGAUUACCACUAAAGCCAAUGGAUGUUUGGGCUUCAGACUUAGCCUAACACCUGCUGCCGAGGCUGGUGGAAGGAAGUGCUCUGCUGAAACCCCAGUUAACUACUAAGGAGAAAGCCCAUGAUUCAUUUGGUAUUGUCAGUACAUAAACUGUAAUGACAGAGAUUUAAGAGUUUCUGCUACCUCCUCACUCAUGUGUUCUUAAAAAACAAAAAUCUAUUCCUUCAAUUCAUCUGUGGUUCAAGCGGCAGUACAUUGCCUGUAUCCUGGAGGAAGGGUAGAGUUUGAGUUCUUCACAGCCAGGUCUUCACUAAGAUGGUGGUGCAGAUUGGUAGGAUGACAGCCCCUCUUUAUGAACGGGGGGAAUUGGACACUGUAGACUGACUGUCUGCUUAAGGACCCCACAGAAGGAACAGAGGGCCACAUCCAGUGGCCUGUACACAGCAGGUCAGUGGGUUUUUUUGCCUAGAAAAGCUCAGGGGUCAACAUUACUUCUGAAGACUUUAUAAGAAUCCUGUUUUGAUUACAACCAUCUCACAGUGAUAUUUUAGGACUUUCUCUUGGUUCUGGAAUUGAACCCAGGACAUCAUACUUGCUCUCACUGUUAAACUCCCAGCCUGCCAUUUUACAAGUAUGGCCAAGUUCCUGGCUUUCAGAGGGAAGUCGGACAAUGCUGAUUUCUGAUAAGAUGGGUGUAAGGGUCCAGACCAGCAACAUCAUCAAAGUCCAGAUGAGGGAUCAGUAAGUGCAAUGUGCCUGAAGUGUAGCCCUGGAUUACAUUCUUUGGGUACACAUUAACCUAUUAAAUCGAUCCUGAUUACAAACAAACUUUGCCCCUACCUCACCUGGCAACCCUGAGAAAGGCAGAUAGAUGUCAGUCUAUAAAAGGAAACGGGAACUGCCCCCUGGCUUUCAGGCUCCAACAUCUUCCUUUUGCCAAGAUGCUACUGCUCAAACUCUUCGUGGUGCUCAUGACUUGCCUGCUGCUGCUGGACCAGGUCAAUGGCUCCCCAGUACCAGAACUGAGUUCAGCAAAAAGAUCCCGGAGAAUGACCCCAUUUUGGAGAGGGGUUUCCCUCAGGCCCAUUGGCGCUUCAUGUCGGGAUGAUUCGGAGUGUAUCACAAGACUAUGCAGAAAAAGACGCUGUUCUUUAAGUGUGGCCCAGGAGUGAUGUUCACACCAGGGGAAAAGUCAACUCCAACUGUGCUCCGUUCUGUGGAAUAUUGGUUAACUGCAUUUGGGCUGGAGAUACUUAAGUGAAGCAAUCUUGUGUUUUUAAUAUUUAAAGACAGAUGCUUGCUUUAAACUGGCCUCCAUUUCUUCUUAGAAUGUUGUUGGUUUGUACAUAGACGUAAAUAAGUUUGUCAGAGUUUAUUUUUCUACAAAUACUAUUAAAUGUCUCCUCAAAUCCAAAUUCUGGCAGUCUGGAAUUGACACUUGACUCACUUCAUACAUUACAGGAAGAGCACUAUCUAACAGGUGGUGCUUCUCCAUCUGGGAGGUAUGGAGAACACUCACUCUUCAAUGACUCUUAUGUCGAGCAUGAUAGAGGGAACACAUGAGCUAACAACAGUCAGCUCUGCAGAUCAGAUCAUGGCUCUUUACUCUGCAAAGAACUCUGCAGGCUGGUAUGUGGCACCUGAGGAUGUGCAAAAGUUGUCUAUAGCUUUAUGAACAUAAAACAGAAACCAAAGAGAAGUCUGACUUAAUAAAACAAUAAGCUGGGCAUGGUGGAACAUGCCUUUAAUCCCAGAACCAGGGAAGUGGAGGCAGAGGCAGGUAGAUCUUUGUUGGGUCAAGGCCAGCCGGGUCUAUAUAAUGAAUCCCGGCCCAGUCUAGCCAGGGAUACAAAGUGAGACCCUGUCUCAGAAAAACAAAAUCCAACAAAUAAAUAGUAUACAUAAGUAAUGAAUGGAACAAUAAUAGCCCAUGUCUUAGAGCAUAAAUAAAGGACUGAAGGGCUAAUGGUGCAGGACAGUUGAGAUAGAUGGACAAGGACCCAUAGCCACGAGUCCAAAAUUUCUGUAAGCAGAAAAUGAGACCUGUGCUGAUGGGACAAGACCUUUACAGAGUAAGAUACAAAAGAGCAACUCCAGGAGGUCACAGCAGGAGCUGAAGAAGUGAGAGCACAUGCGUAUAAACGUUAUACAGAAAAGCUAUCUGAUAUUUAUUAAACUUAGUUUCUCCAGCUAUGGUUUGGCAUUAUACAAAGCAUCGUAAUGACACAGUAGAGUUAAAAAGUUUUACAAAUUGAAAUGUGAUACCCUUGUUUCCAAAUAUUUUAAUUGCCAUAAAUUUGUUUAAAAAUACACAUUAAACGCAUGUUUGACACUCUAAACUUUCUAUAAUCUCAAUACCACAAAAUACAUAUAAUAUACUAUACAGAUGUGGAAAAUCUAGUUAGUAUAUAAUACUUUGCUCACCAUUAACAGCUUAUUAUGUGAAAUGCACAUACUGACUUAGAAAUUCUAGCUUUUGAGCCCCAAAGUACCUCUGAAAUUUAAUGUAUUGCAACAAAUAAAAAUCACAGUAUACAAUUGAAAUUUUGGUUGAAAGUGUCAGAUGCCUAGAUGUUUUGGAUAAAAUAAACGUAAGACAAAGAUUGGAUCAUGUACAAGAUGAAGGUCUCCUAUCAGCCACAGCGCCUUUCUGCAGAGGCAAUAGGCCUGUACUUCAUCAAUCAUGUUACCUUCCCUCCAGAACCCUCCCCAAAUAGCAAACCAUUAUUUACCAAAUGAUUUUAAUUUCAAAUAAAAAGAUCUUCAAUAAAUAUAUAAGAAUUUCCAUCCUCCAUAUAUAAAAUUUCUCAAAAUCAUUCAAAACGGAGGCUAGGUAGAAAUUUCCCUAACUGUGCUUACCAACUGGGCAUCUGGCCCUGCCAAGCGAGCCAGCGCUGUUGGUGAGCCCCAACAGGACUGUUGACUGCGCAUGUCAGUGAUGUGCCAGGUGUGUGCAUAAUGGGGACACCUCGGAGACAACAACAAGCUCCACAAUACAGAAGCCGUGGCAUUGGUUUGAAAGACAGCACUUCCAAACUGAUGUCUUCCAGAGAGGUACAGAACAGGCAGAAACCCCAGUGGCUAAAAGCUGAGAAGAAAUCUAACACAGAAGCAGCAAGGUCAAAGCCAAGUGUUACUAGGAUUUCUGGGUGGGAGUUUGUCCACACUCAUCUAAGAGCUUCUCGGUGUUUAAGGAGGAUGAGUUCUGCUCAGCUGAGCAACGGCAGCAAGGAGAGAGGCGCAUGCGGACAUUCCUAAAAUCAACUUCUUCAAAAUUAGCCAUUUAAGCUGAACCCUCUGACUUAGUUGAGACUUCACCCCAACACCUGUUCUAAAUUCCAUCCACAAGACAGAUGUAGCUUCUGUUUCCAUCCCCUGCUCUGGAGACAGCAAGUUCUUUUUCAUGAACCCUGGGUUUACUAGAACAGGAGUUCUGCAGACCAGUCAGUCCUCUUACUCCACUCCGCUUUUCCUCACAGGGUCUCUUUAGGUAGUGCACGCUGGGCUCAAACUGAUAGUCCAAAUGCUAGAUUAAAGCACGCACCACCACAAGGGGUUCACCAAAUAACUUCCAAAUGUAUUUAUUUAUUCUUGGAGAGUGGGUCUCAGUCACUCAGGCUCACUACCCAGCAAAGGCUGACCUUUGCCUCAGGGAAUGACCAGCACUCCUGGCCUUCUCUACCCUUAAGGAUUGAUGUUACUUGCUGGCUUGGUUUCAGGGUCUGAAGGUCGAAGCUGAACACCUCCACUGUUAAGCAUGUGAAAGGUACAUUCACAAAUGUGGCUACUGGGCCUGACCAGUGCAUCUUCCCAGUCACUCACUCAUUCUUUUUUCUGCUGAUUUUACUCACAGCAACAGUAGGUGUGCAACACUACUGGGAAAGAAGUCUGCCUCUCAACUGAGAUGUGAAGAUGGAAGGGAUUUGUAUUCCACACCCUAGGGGAAUAUGAGUUACAGGAGUCUGCAGACUUGAACAAGGUGCUCUGGCUCCCCGAGUCACUUAGGUUUCAUCUACCCAUCACCACCCCCGGCCAAAAACAGUCAGCCUCAGUGGGUGUUCUUGGGGCCCAGACACCCAUAGACUCCUAUAAAUCAAAAUAUAGAAUGAAGCCAUUUCGUUCACUUAGCUAUUGGAAAAUGAACAUCUUCCCACCCUGUAAGAGCCCUAUUACACUACAGAAGGGCUCAGAUAUAUUUCAAAAGUUAAUUUACUACAAAUCAUAGUAAUAAGCUUUAACAAUCUAAAGGAAUACACAUUGCACCCUUGAAUGUUAAUAUUCAAGGUGCCAAGAACAAAGUGUCUUAGAUCAAUUUAAUAAAUAAUGUGGAAAUAGUUGCACUAAGCUAAAAUACUAAACACACACAUUUUGACAAACUAAUUCCAUGUUUUCAUACAUACAUACGUACAUAUAUAUAAAGUGUGUAUGUGUACAUAAUUUUAAGAUUCAAAGUUGCAUACCCUCAGACCUAGAAGAGUGCACAGCAUCUCCCUUCUCAACUGAGCUAGGCAUCAUCUGAUGGAGCUACCACUAGCUGCACUACAAACUCCUCUGAGCACUGGCCUCAGGCAGCGCUUGUACUUCUGACAAGAACCUUUGUAGGCCAUGGCUACACAAUGCAAGCUCAUUCAUUAAACAUCAGUGUACCAAAGUUUCAGUGGUUAAAUACAAAUGAUGCUGCCUAAUCUAGCUGAUUAAAUCUUUAAUGAAAAGAAACAAAGAACAAUUAAAAACAAAACAAAACAACAACAAAAACAACAACAGCUACUCUAAAGCCACAAGUGUGUCAUUCAAAGUGCAGCCCAGAUGCCUAUAAAUCCCUAGUGCAAGAGCUUCCCAGAAAAACAGGCAAGCAUGGGCACGUGCACGCAUUACUCUGAAUUGCUUUUAUAUUGGAGAAUUAAAUCAGUAGUGGUCAAUCUUCUCCCUUCAGCAGCUAUAUCUGUGAAUACAUUUGAAGAAUCACUGAUAUUAAAGUGACUUCAUAGCUUCUUGCCCAGAAAAAGGUGUCACUGAGCAAGGAGAGGGCUGGUGCUCUCCAGCCAGAAUGGGGCAUGGGCUAGGCUGUGUAAUCUUGAAUGCCCAGAGGGGACUGCUCCCCACAGCCCAGCCUCUCCCAGACAGGACUACUGUGACACUUUUAUCACUGCAAUCGUGUGGGAUGCCUGUCCAGAGUCUAACGGUGCAUGCUGCUGCCUCCUGGCAUAGGAGUGUGAUCUUCAGAGCAGUGAACUGAGUAUUAAAGAUAGUUGCUAUUCCUAUUACUAACUAUACACUGAAUACAAGUUUCAGACUAAGUUUGUAGCCACUUGUCAAUCAGUUUUAAAUGGCUAAAAACCACUGAGGGCACCUACUGAGAAGGGAGGAAUGGUCACUUGUAAAGGAGUCAAGGUAUGUGCUGGACAUGACUAAGACAAAACGUUUGUGAAGAGACACAAAGAAAGAAGAGAGUGUAUUCUCACACACUAUGACAUCAAAAUUCAAUCACUUAGGAUCGAAUUUUGAUCCAUUGCCCAUUUCUAACUGGUGGGGAAAAUCCUCCACAACGAAAGGCUUAACAAUUUCAUUCUCCAAGAACUGACAGUUUUAAAGAGAAAAUAUCUUAAAGCAGCACCAUAAAACAUGUGGAAACUCUGCUUUAACAUGACACCAGUGUCACUCCAGAAUGUGCUGGCCGCCUAGCAGGAUACACAGACCAGAGCUGGAAGCAGAGGCCAGCACUGCAGCCGCUGAAGUCUAAAAGCCCAGAGGGCUCUUGUUCCACUUCCAAGACCUCCCUGAAGUUAAGGAGCCAGAGUGAGAGAGAAGGACAGGACAGGACACACAACUGUUAGGCCAUGGAAGUCACUAGCACAAGAGAGGAGACAAUGGCCUCUGAAGAAAAAGUAUUCCUUAAACACACUACAAUUAAAUUAGCAAGGUAUCAGAGGCAAUUUCUCCAAGGGAAAAAUGUGAAAUUCAGCAUAAGCUGUAGACAUCAACCCUCAACAGUAUGUAAGAAUAAUGAGGUACAAAGCAGUUAAGCUCUGUAAAUAUGAGACUGCAGGGCAAAGUUCACUAUCUUCAGAAAUAGGUGGUGAGAGAGACUAGAAGAGAGGAUUCACGACACCACUGCAUGUGAGGAUAUGCUAUCUCUCUUCCCCUUUCCCAUUUCAAGCUGAACAAUCAUCUCCUAAUAAUAGGGAAUUUUCUCCCCAAUUGGAUGGGUUUUUGGAAUGAGAAGGAAAAACCAUUUUCUGAAGCAGCAUUAUAGCCAAUUGAUUAUACUAAGUCAGGUACCAAAGCACUAGCUUUUCUGAGGGAAUCUGUCUUAAUGUGACUCUAAAGGAAGAUUUAAAAUCAAAGAGAAUUUAAAAUUAUUAUUGUGGAGGACCAACCAUGAACGGCUAAUCUGGUCCCAGCGUAAAACUUUAUCUGUAAACAAUCCAUAGAGUUAUCAUUAAAAGUUAAGAUUUAAGGCACACCAGACAUGACGGGGUCAUUAAAAAGAAGUAUAGAGGAAGAGAGACAUUCCUCAUCCUUCACUGCUAUACGCACCUUGUUGGGAACAGUAGUUUGAUAAGGAAUUGUUACAAAGCUGACUUCCUAAGCACUACCCCUAUUAUUUUCCCCUUUCCAAGAGAGCUCAUACUGAGCCAAGUUAGGUACUUUUCCAGUAUGAAUUUUCUUUUUCUUUUUUUUAAUGUAACAAGGUCUCAUGUAGCCCAGGCUAGCCCCAAACUCACUGUCUAGCUUUAUAUAGCCUGAGGAUGAGCCUGAACUUCUGAUCCUCCUGUCACCAAUACCCAGUGCUGGGAUUAUAGGCAUGCACAACCAUGCCCAGCUGCUAGUGUGAGUUUUCAGAUCCAGUCAGAAGCAUACAUCAUUGAUGAGGAUCUUCGGAAAGAGAAAUUCAUCAUCUCCACAUUAGACAUUGGGACA